AUGGCGACAGAAGAGACGGAUGUGGAUGUUGAAGGGGACGUGGCGGCGGCCGCUCCACAGCCGGGAAGUGCAGCAUCAGUUUUACAACAAGAUCACUAUCUUGAUUCAUCGUGGAGAAGUGCGAACGGCCUUAUUCCUUGGACUCUUGAUAACACCAUCAGUGACGAGAACAGAGCUGUCAUUGAGAAAAUGUUAUUGGAGGAAGAGUAUUAUUUAUCUAAGAAAUCUCUUCCAGGAAAAUUUGGGCUUGAUCAAAAGGAUGAUAAAAAAUACCUAAACAGGGUACAGUCUCCUACAAAACCAGCCAGUUACUCAGUAAAGUGGACGAUAGAAGAAAAAGAGCUGUUUGAACAAGGGCUGAGUAAAUUUGGUCGAAGGUGGACCAAAAUUGCAAAGCUAAUUGGAAGCCGCACUGUUUUUCAAGUAAAGAAUUAUGCCAGACAGUACUUUAAAAAUAAGAUAAAAUGGGGUCCUGAGAAAGAAACACCCAUUGAAAAGAACAGCAGUGAAAAUCGGGUUGAAAAUGAAGAUAAAGGGGCCACAGCCCAGACACUCUCAUGUCUAAGAGGACGUGUUGAUCCUAACUUGAAUGCUGUAAAGAUUGAAAACUUGUCUGAUGAUGAAGAAGUAGACAUUACAGAUGAGGUAGAUGAGUUGACGUCCCAAACACCACAGAAGAAUUCUAACGGUGGUCUCUCAUUGGAGAGUAAAACAUGUGAAACCAGCCAUAGAGGAUUUGUACCCCAGGAAAGUCCCUUUUCCGAAUCUUCCAGGGAAUAUCUUCAUAGUAUAAAGCAAGAUGAAAUGGAAACACAUUCAGGCUCAGAAAAUACACUGUGGACUGAAGAACAGAGCACGAAUGGCAAAAACUCAAUUGAGUUAAAUGAUCAGAAUUGUAAUACGCUGCACGAUGGAAACAGAGUAAUAGAUGGCGCCGGGGCACUGCCUUCUUCAGAGCCUUGUGAAAAUCAGCAAGAUACAAGUAGUAUUGAAGUGGUUUUUCGUUCUUGCCAGAUGGUGGAGGAAAGUCACGAGGAAGAAGAGCUUAAGCCACCAGAACAGGAAGUAGAAAUAGAUAGAAAUGUCAUUCAAGAAGAAGAAAAACAAGCAAUUCCUGAAUUUUUUGAGGGGCGUCAAACUAAGACACCAGAGCGCUACUUGAAAAUUAGAAACUACAUUUUGGAUCAAUGGGAGACACGCAAACCAAAAUACUUGAAUAAGACCUCAGUACGCCCUGGCCUGAAGAACUGUGGAGAUGUCAACUGCAUUGGACGGAUUCAUACAUACUUGGAGUUGAUAGGAGCGAUCAAUUUUGGAUGUGAACAGGCUGUGUAUAAUAGACCACAACCAGUUGAUAAAGUUCGAGUCAGAGACAGAAGAGAUGCUGUAGAGGCAUACCAGCUUGCUCAGCGCCUGCAGUCUAUGCGUACUAGGAGGCGGAGGGUCAGGGACCCAUGGGGAAACUGGUGUGAUGCAAAGGAUUUAGAAGGACAAACGUUUGAGCAUCUUUCUGCUGAGGAGUUGGCAAAGAGAAGAGAAGAGGAAAAUAAACCUGCCAAAUCUUCAAAAGCGUCAAGAUCAACAAAAAGCUCAUUUGAUCCUUUCCAACUUAUACCUUGUAAUAUUUUCAGUGAGGAAAAACAGGAGCCAUUUCAGGUGAAAGUGGCUUCAGAAGCACUUUUAAUAAUGGAUUUGCAUGCUCAUGUUUCUAUGGCAGAAGUGAUUGGUCUGUUAGGAGGAAGAUACUCAGAAGUUGAUAAGAUAGUGGAAGUCUAUGCAGCAGAACCAUGCAACAGUCUCAGUACUGGACUGCAGUGUGAAAUGGAUCCUGUAUCGCAAACACAGGCUUCAGAAACCUUGGCUGUCAGAGGGUACAGUGUAAUUGGAUGGUAUCACUCUCAUCCUGCAUUUGAUCCUAAUCCUUCCUUACGAGAUAUCGACACACAGGCCAAAUACCAGAGUUACUUCUCAAGAAGAGGUGCAAAAUUCAUUGGGAUAAUUAUUAGCCCUUAUAAUCGAAACAAUCCUUUGCCGUAUUCCCAGAUUACCUGCCUGGUCAUCAGUGAGGAGAUUAGCUCAAGUGGCUCCUACCGUUUACCUUACAAAUUUGAAGUACAACAGAUGUUAGAAGAACCUCAGUGGGGAUUAGUGUUUGAAAAGACAAGAUGGAUAAUAGAAAAAUACAGGCUGUCCCGUAGCAGUGUCCCCAUGGAUAAACUCUUUCGCUGGGAUUCCGACCUGACUUGUUUGCAAAAACUUUUGGAGUGCCUGAAGAAAACUCUGGGCAGAGUUACCAAUUGCUUCAUUGCUGAGGAAUUUUUGACUCGCAUAGAAAAUCUGUUCCUUUCCAGUUACAAAAACAAGCAAGAAGAUGGAGUGACUGAAGAGAAUUGUACGAAGGAAUUGUUAAUGUAAUUAUUUUAUUUUAAUGUAAGACAUUUUAAUCUUGACAUGAUUUAGGUCCUGCUUUCAAAUUUGGACAUUGAAAUUAUUGUUUAUCAGUGGCCCGACUUCACUAAAUUGCCGAGGUUGGGCUAGAGCGUGUAGAAUGCUGUGGUCACAGGCGUGACCACCACACCUGGCUUGGCUGGUUCUCACGUCAUGGCCACCGAUGUUAGGGGAACCAGGGCCCACCGCAGCCUUCCUGACUUUCAUUGAGUAAUGUAGUAAACUGUGAAAAUGUACACAGAUGGUCUGCUGUAUUGUUUUAUUCAGAUUGAUAAGUGGAAUGUUUAAUUUUCACUUAUUCCUAGACUUGUGAUUUAUUAUUUUCUAUUGUCUCAUAUCAUUAGAAGUACUUCUAUAUGUUCUAGUAAGAUUUGUACAUUUGUUAUUUGGGGAUGCGAAUGAGAUAUGUCACUGAGAGAACAUGAUUGAGAACUACUGAUUAAUAAAUAUAGCAGCAUGCUGUAUGGGCCAUGGGGAACGUUUUGGUAGAGAAGAGACCUAAAAAAGAGAAAUUACCAGUUUUUGAUUGUAGAUAUUUACUGUAAUUUUAUUAUGUAUUCAUAUGUAUAAAGUAGAUCCAACUGUAUACCCACUUAAAUUAGUGUGUGAUAA